AUGAACGCGACGAUCGGUACAGUGGUGUUCCAAGUGGUGGCGAGCGACCCCGACGACCCAACGCAGCCGUCCGGCCAGCUGCUCUACUCCAUACAGGAGACCAACGCCGACGCAAAGGCGUUUGCUAUUGACCCUCAAACCGGUAUAAUCACAACGCGACAAAGUCUGGACCGUGAACGUAAGGGCGCGUACACACUGGUGGUGUGCGCGACGGACCGCGGUUCGCCAUCGCAGCAGGCCACGCGCAUCGUCACCGUCUCCGUGGACGACGUCGACGACCACAAGCCACACUUCGCCAGGACCUUGGAUGAUCCCCCAAUCCUAAUGACAACGAAGGAGGAAGUGCCCAUUGGCACAGUCAUCGGAAAACUUGAAGCCGUAGACGAAGACAUCGGAGAAAACGCUGCUAUAGACUACGCUAUUACAGCUGGCAACGACUUCGCUUUGGUGAAAUUAGAACGUACAAAUGACAGCAAGGCGCUGAUCAUAGCGGCCGCCAGGCUGGACAGAGAGAGCGUCUCCAGGCUUUUGCUGACAAUCAAAUGCUUCAAAUAUGAUACUACUCCGAAACUAAAUAAGAGUUACAAUCGUUUGGAUCCAUCAGAGAUCCAAGUGCUGGUCAAAAUAUUGGACAUCGAUGACCACUUGCCGGAUUUUGGCAGCCAGAACCUCACCGUUGGCAUCCGACUCAAUGUGCCCGUCGACACGGUCGUUGCUACAGUGCGUGCCGUAGACAAGGACCCGGAUGCUCUGUCCAUAGAUUAUAGGAUUGUCAACAUGAGCUUCGAGUCCCCCAUUAAAUCUAAGUCCUUACUACUACUAAACAACUUAACUGAUGUGAUGGUGUUGGAUAAUGUCACGGGAGAUCUGAAAAUAAUGAAGAAUCUGUUGCACUAUGCAGACGGCAUUUUUAGGUUGGUGAUCCGUGCUAACAAUUCACAAGGAGCCGAUCGCUACAGCGAUUUAAUGGUGGAGGUAGUAGUGGUGCGGGAGAGGGACCUGCUGCGGCUGGCGCUGGGCGGGCGGGCGCGCGUGGGCGAACUGCGCGCGCGCCUCGCCGCCCUGCUGCAGGACCACCGCCUGCGCCUCCAGCUGCACGACGCACCGCACUCCGCCUUCUACGAUACCGCCGGACCAUGCUUCCAAUUCCGAAAAAUGGACACUGGGGAAGCGCUCACGCCCAAAGCGAUGAAGGCAACAAUCCGAAAACUAGGCACCGAGUUUCAACAGAUACUUGAAGAGUUCGAAGUUCGGAACAUCACCGGCUGCGGUGCCACGCGCGCGAAACAUACGCCCGCACAGCACGCGCUGCUGGGGCUGGCGGGCGCACUGCCGCUCGCGGCACUUGUGGCGACGCUCGUACUGUGCUGCAUGCACUCUAGCGCCAAGCGCCGCGGCCGCUCGGCCGGGCGCGUGUCGGCGCCGCCGUCGCGUCUCUACGCGGAACCGCUGUACUCAACCUGA